AUGCAAGAAAAGGCCGCGCACCCUCUAGCAAACAUUCCCGAAGGAAAGCUUGAGAGCCUUAAUGCCCUGCAAGCACAAUACAGGAAUGAUGCCCGGUCCUAUAAGGCGGACCUCAUGUGUGGAGUCUAUCAGACUCGGGAGGGAGAUCCGUAUGUCUUACCAUCGGUGAAGCUAGCACGACAAAUGCUAUUCGAUGAUCCAGAAUGGGAGCACGAAUACCCCGCGUCUCAUCUUGGUGAGGCACCGUUCCGAGAGCUGAGCGCUCGUAUGCUGUUUGGAGAGACUAGCCAGAUGAUAUUAGAGAACAGAAUAGCGUCGAUGCAGACUCUUGGAGGUAGCGGAGCGUGCCAUAUGGGUGCCCGGUUCUUGCGGAUGCAUUAUGAGCCUUACAAAUUCAAUCCGAGGGGCAAGGUUUAUAUUCCUGCAGAGACGUGGGUCAACCACCCGAACGUUUUUCAUGCCGCAGGUUUCGAGACAGCCAGCGUCCCAUACUACAAUCCCUCGACCCACGCAUUUGACUUUGCCAGUUUCAAUGAGUCUAUGACGCGCAUUCCAUCCCACUCUAUUGUCGUACUUCAAGUUUGUGGAAAUAACCCGACCGGCUGCGACCCAUCCGCGGAGGAGUGGCAGCAGCUUGCGCAGACAUUUCAAGCCAAGCAACACUUUGCCUUCCUCGAUCUGUCCUACCCGGGCUUCGUGACCGGCAGUGUAGCAAGGGACUGCGCGCCUAUUCGACUGCUUGCUGAGACAGGCAUUCCGCUCCUGCUCGCUGCGACAUACGGUAAGGCGUUCGGCCUCUACGGUGAGCGUGUGGGACAUCUUUGCUUCCCUCUACCUACGGAUCAGGUUGCGGCGCGAGUCGAGCAACAAAUGAAGCUCCUAGCUCGGGAAGAGACAGGCGCACAACCACGGUUUGGCGCGAGACUGGUGACGAAUAUCCUCGAGAAUCCGCACCUCAGAAAGGUGUGGGAGGAGGACCUAAAAGGUUUGGCGCAGGACCUGGCUGAUAGACGGGAGGCGUUGAAGACUGAGCUGCUUAAGCAUAAUGCUCUUGGUGAUUGGGGCUUUGUGACAAGCCAGGCUGGCAUGUUCUUGUAA